UUCACUUCCUGUAGGGACUGAAAACCAAGUGAGGAGAUGAAGGACUGCGCCAUACUACACCGGAGAAUACAGAGAGGAUAGACACCGCAGAUAGAUCCUGACCAUCACCCAAGGAACAACUGCACAACUGUGGGAAAACAUCCAGUCCCUUCACAGCUUUGCUCAACACAGAGAAGUUUGGGCAGCGAAACCAUCAAAUGGAAAUCGGUCGGGUCAGGGGAGCUUUGACAAAUCUGGUUAGUGUUGUGGAACCUUCCAUCAGAACCAACCUUUCCGAAGGUUUGGCUGUGGGUGUUCAGUCAGGGUGAGGCUGGGAAGAAGUGUGAGUGGCUCCAAGUGUGGGGAGAGCUUCAAUCAUUCAUCGAGCCUCAUGAACCACUGACUCAUUCCUACAGAUGAGAGGCUGUUCAAGUGUGAAGUGUCUGAGGUAGGCUCCACAGGUUUAUAAGAUCUCCUAAAGCACAAGCUGCAUCUUUGUCCCACCAGUAGCACAGGGCAGCUACAUGGAAGAGAAACCAUCCAAGUGUGGUGUGUAAUCAACAUUUCACACAUCCAUCGACAUUAGAGAAUCACCUACGCAGUGAUACUGGGAAAAGCCAUUCAAACGUGAGGUGUGUAACAAGGGCUUUGCAUAAUUAUCAGGCCUGGCGGGUCACUGGCUCAUUCACACCGGGGAGAAACAGUUCACAUGCGAGAUGUGUGACAAAUCAUUCUCAUCGUCAUCAGAUCUCUGCAAAUAUCAACACAUUCACACCGGGGAGAAACUGUUCACAUGUGAGGUGUGUGAGAAAUCAUUCUCAGCAUCAGGGAACCUCCAUAAACACCAACGCACUCACACAGGAGUGAAACCAUUCAGGUGCGAAGUGUGUGAGAAAUCAUUCUCCCAGUCAUCACAUCUCCUGGAGCAUCAGAGGAUUCACACAGGGGAGAAACUUUUCACAUGCAAAGUAUGCAACAAUUCAUUCUCCAGGUCAUCCGACCUCCGUGCACACCAACGCAGUCACACAGGGGAGAAACCGUUCAGGUGUGAGGUCUGUGACAAAUCAUUCUCACGGUCAUCGUACCUCCAUGUACACCAACGCAUACAUACAGGGGAGAAAUCGUUCACAUGUGAGGUGUGUGACAAAUCGUUCUCACAGUCAGGGAACCUCCAUGUACACCAGCGCAUUCACACAGGCGAGAAACCAUUCAAGUGUGAAACGUGUGAGAAAUCAUUCUCGACAUCAUCGCAUCUCCUGGAGCAUCAAAGGAUUCACACAGGGGAGAAACCAUUCAUUUGCGAGGUGUGCGACAAUUCAUUCUCAAGGUCAUCGGAUCUUCGCACACACCAACGCAUUCACACAGGGGAGAAACCGUUUAGGUGCGAGGUGUGUGACAAAUCAUUCUUGCGGUCAUUAUACCUCCAUGUACACCUACGCAUUCACACAGGGGAGAAAUCCUUCACGUGUGAGGUGUGUGACAAAUCAUUCUCACAGUCAGGGAACUUGCGCAGACAUCAACGCAUUCACACAGGAGAGAAACCAUUCAGGUGCAAUGUGUGUAAGAAAUCAUUCUCUGACUCAUCAAACCUCUUUGUACACCAACGCAUUCAUAGUGGAGAGACCAUUCACAUAUGAGGUGUGUGACAAACCAUCCUCGUCACCAUCAGAUUUCCGCAAACAUCAAAACAUUCACACGGGAGAAAUCGUUCACAUGUGAGGUUUGAGACAAAUCAUUCUCAGAAUCAGGAAACCUCUGCAGACACUAAGUCAUUCACACUGGGGAGAAACUAUUCAAUUGCGAUGUGAGCAACAAAUCGUUUCUGAGAUCAUCGAGCCUCCUGCUCCAUCAGAGAAUCCACACAGGGGAGUAACCCUUGAAGUGUGCAGUUUGUGAGAAAGCUUUUAUGGUGUUGUCAACCCUCCUGGGACACCAGAAGAUUCACACAGGGAGAAACUCUUCAGGUGCAAUAUUUGUGCGACAACUUUCAACCAUCCGCUGGUCUUCUGAAGCAACAGCAGAGUCACACUGGAGAGAAACCAUUCAGGUGUGAGGUUGGUGACAAGGCUCUCACACAGUCAACGUAUCUCCUGGUCCAUGAAUGCACUCACAGGGGGGAGAAAUCCUAUUUUGUGAGUUCUGCAAUAAAAUCUUCACACCGUUCUUGGACCUCCUGGAGCAUCAGCGAACCCACACGGGAUCUCUUUAACCAAGUUUUGACCAAUUUGUCAUCAGAGUGUGAAUCUCUACACAAUCUCACUGCAAAGGAUGUUCAGUGAUAUUGGGGCACAGAACAAGAAGGAGCUUUCACUCACAUCAAACAACUAGUGAAGUCAACGCCAGUGCUGAGGUACGAUGAUGUCAAUGAUGAAGUCACCCUGCAGUGAGAUGCCAGUGAAACAGGACUUAGAGCAAAACCUCAUGCAGCAAGGACAACCAGUUGUGUUUGUAUCCAGAGCAUUAACACAAACUGAAUGACGCUGUGCACAGAUUGAGAAAGAGAGCCUGGCUAUUGUCUUUGCUUGUGAACAUUUCGAUUGUUUGGGAGAGAGAAAGUAUUGGUUGAGUUUGACUGCAAACCAAUGCAAAGCAUCUUUCUCAAACUGCUUCUCUCUGCUCCAAAGCAAUUGCAAAGGAUGUUAUUUCAUUUGCAGAGAUAUCACUUGGAAGUGAAGUACAAGCAAGGGAAGCAGAUAUACAUCACUGACAUGCUGUUGACAGUUGCGUUCUCUUUGAAGGAAGUUUCUGUUAGUACAGAGUGUGAAAUCUUCCAACAAGAAGCAAUAGCACGACAUGCUUUGGAAGUCAUCAACCCAGAAGAGACAGUGAAUCUGAUAGACAAGCAUCUUACUCAGAUCAAGAAAACUACACAAUGAGAUACAACUCUUCAAAUGUUACAGGAAGUUGUGAUGAAAGGAUGGUCUGAAACCAUCAAGGACGCACCUGUUGAUAUAAGAGAGUAUUGGACAGACAGAGAUGAAGUGAUCGCCCAAGAUGGCAUCUUGUACAAAGGGACUAGGGUCAUUAUCCCUAAAGAGAUGAGAAAAGAGAUGCUGAAGCACAUCCAUACAAACCAUAAGGAAUCGAGUCUAGUCUGAGGAAGGCAAGAGAAGAGCUUUACUGGCCAAACAUGAGCAAUGAGAUUAAGGACCACAUCAGCCAGUGCGAUGUGUGUAAUGAAUAUCAAGCUAAGCAAGAUAAAGAGCUGCUCAUGAUUCAUGACAUCCCAGACAGACCAUGGAUGAAGCUUGGAGUAGACCUCUUCACUCUCACUGGAACUGAUUAUCUCUUCACAGUCGACUACUAUUCAGACGACUGGGAGUUAGACCAGCUGACGUCAACAACUACCAGUGAGAUUGUAGAACGCUUGAAAGCACACGUCAGUCGUCAUGGCAUUCCUGACAUUGUGAUGAGUGACAAUGGUCCUCAAUUCACAAGUGAAGAAUUCAGACACUUGAUGAAUGAUUGGGAAAUUCAGCGCCACACAUCAUUUGCAAACUAUCCCCAGUCAGAUGGAAAGGCUGAGGCAGCGGUGAAAAUUGCCAAAGGGAUCAUCAAAAAAUCAACUAGAUCCAGCACAGAUGUGUACAAGGCAAUUUUAGAGUGGAGAAAUGCACUUACUGAAGGCAUGGAAAGUUGUCUAAUCCAGUUACUAAUGUCACGCUGCACCCAGACUACUCUUCCAACAGCUAAAAAACUACUGAGGCCAGAAGUAGUAACAGGGAGUGAGUGACAAGGUCAAAGGGAAACAACAGAAAAACAAAUUUCACUUUGAUAAAGCUGUCACAUCGUUGCCAGAGCUGAGAGUUGGAAAGCCGGUCAGAGUGAAAACAUUCAACGCACCUCAACAAAAGUCAGCUCACUUGGUAACUUGGGUCCUGUGUAGAGAAAUUGUCACCUCAAUCGUACACGGUGAAAGUGAACAACUAGAUCUAUCGUCACAACUGCAGACAUCUACGUGCAACCGGAGAAACUGCUCCUUCAGAGCAGACAGCUGAUGAGGCAGAUCUGAUUUCACCAACUGAGCAAGGAAUCUCCACACAAUCAUCAGCAACGACCAUCAGUCCCACAGGUCAACUGUUCCCCAAUAAAUGCAGUGGAUCAGCAGCAACAAUUACCACAGCAACAACACUUGUCACAGCAACAACAUUCCCCAGAGAGACAUCACCUCAGGAACCAGCAGACACUGGAUGAACAGCCAACAACACACAUGUACCAUAAGAAGAUCUGAACACUUUAAACAUUGUGUGUGUAAUGUACGUAUAGGGAGACGCAAAAUUGAAACAGACCAGAAAGAACAAACAGUUUUUUAUUCAUGUGAUAAUUUUCUUUAAGAAUUAUAUUUGUGGAGUAAUUUGAAAAUGUUAGAAAAUGCAAUUUUUUUUUUAUGAAGAGGGGGAUGUUUGGAUAAAUCCCUUUUUACACUUUGGUUUCCCACAUUAAUGUGACAUCUGAUGUCAUCAUAUGUAAUUAAAGGUUUGAGGGCAGUAAUCAUUUUACACACCAUAUGGAACAAUAUUUAAAAUUCAUAUUGCUUGAAAUAUUUCCAGAGUAACAUGAGUUUCCUGAAGCUUGGGAAACUGACCAGUGAAAUGGAGGUGACUUUGAGCAGCAGAUCAGGUGGAAAUUUAAACUUGUCAUUGUCCCAUCUGAAUAAAACCUCACUUAUUGCAGUUGCUGUCUCAGUUCUCCUGGUAAACGUUUGACAGAAAUUUCUAGGGUGGGAAAAGCAUUCUUCAUCCUCUGAGGCUUUCAAACUGACAACAUCAGUGUGGGAUGUGUAGCCUUGGAUGUGUUUGACAGCAGAUCAGAAGAGGAAGACCCACAGCAUCCAAGGCAGCGAUGCAGUGGUGGGAUCAGCAUUUCUUUUUCUUAUUCAUUAAUGGGAUGUGGGCGUCGCUGGCUAGGCCAGCAUUUAUUGCCCAUCCCUAAUUGCCCUUGAAAAGGUGGUAGUGAGCUGCCUUCUUGAACCGCUGCAGUACAUGUACAGGAGAGAGGAACAUGCACAGGUGAGAGAGGACCAUGGGAGAAAGAAACAUGGGGAGGAGAGGGGGCCGCAGGAGAAAGAAGGACACAGGAGAGAAGGGGGCACAGGAAAGAGGGGUACAGGAAGAAGGGACACAGGAGAGGGAGUCAUUUACACUGCUCUCAUCUGUUCACCACCUCUUACCUGUCUUUCCUACCUCCCCCCCAAUCUGUUUCCUUCUCAUCCUCUUUUCUACCUCUCCCUCCUCAAUCCUCUCUCACACCUCCCAUCUCUUCUGCCCCAUCUCUCUCUCCUGUCUUUCUCCAGCAAUCGGCAGAAACUCGCCACUCAUUAUUCCCAUCUGGGGCCGUGUGGUCAUUUCUGUGGUUGCUACCAGCUUCCUGGGUAAUGUCCAAUAAACUAGCUUUAAAGAUCACAGAAGUUGUUUUCGCUUGACGUAAAUUACGUUCAAAAUUCCUGGUACGGUUGUUUUCAGCCGGAUUGUGCUGAUAAAACCAACACAAACUAGUGUAAACUCUCGUCCACAAUCUCUGCAUUGUGUUGUUGCAUACUUGUCAAGGGGUUUUACUAAGGCAAUUUAAAAAAUAAAUUUAUGUAACCAA